ACGAGAAAGAAUAUAUGAUGGCAGUGUAUAUGUAUUUACUAUCAGCUGUGUUCGCGUGCUAUGUUGCACUGCUGUACAUUCGCUGGCGCAGACUGAGGCUGUACUGGAAUCAACGAGGAGUGCCCAGCCAUCCUCCCCUUCCCUUAUUGGGGAACGUACAUUUAUUACAGAGAUACAACGCUACAAUACUGUUGAAGCGGGCACACAGCCUGUAUAAAUCGCCGUACGUGGGCAUCUGGUUGUUCUGCAAGCCGGCAUUGGUAGUCAAUUGUCCGCAAGCAGCGCACAGGAUACUGGUCAAAGAUGCAGCCAAUUUCAAACAGAGGUUUGUAAGGUCACCUGUCAACGACGCUGUCGGAAGCAAAAAUAUAUUCACUUUAAAGGAACCAUACUGGUCAAUGUUGCGAAGAAAAUUAAGUUCCCUUUUUACUUCGACUAAAAUUAAGAAUUUGUAUGGAGUAAUAAAAUGUAAAACAAAUGAUCUUGUAUUGAGAAUUAACGGCGACAUGUCUGAGAAGAAUCAAGUAAAUCUAAAGCAAUUAUUUAGCGACUAUACGACAGACAUAAUAGGCGCGGUGACACUGGGCGCGGAGGGUCACGCCACACUCACAGGAGAGAGCGUUUUACGAAAAUUCACUUUAGUACUUUUGAAAUUUGACUUACUCAGAAAACUUACUUGGAUCGUUUUGUUUUUUGAUGCUAACAUUAUAGAUAAUUAUUUAUGGUUCCUAAAGGCUAAAGCAUUUCCGAAUUCGACAAUUGCUUUUUUUAGAAAAAUAUAUCGAUCAGUUUUAAAUAGCAAAGGAGGUUAUGAAGCUAAAAUCACGAAUCCUCACAGUCUACUGGAUACACUGAGGAAACUAAAACAGGACCACGUUCUUAAGAAUAUGGAGAUUUCAGAAGACAUGAUAAUAGCACAGCUGAUAAUAUUCCUGCAAGCCGGCUUCGACACCACCGCCAACGCUCUCACCUUCUGCAUGUACGAGCUCGCGUUUGAUCAAAGAAUUCAGGACAAGCUUUACAAAGAAGUAUCAGAAGCGAGACCUCUAACGGGUGAUGAUUAUCUUUAUAGAAAUGAAAUUAGUAAUUUAAGUUAUUUGGAUAGCGUUAUAAAUGAGACUUUACGUAAGUAUUCUCAGCUAGGCUGGAUAGACCGGAUGGCGGCGGGGAGCUAUCAAGUGGAUGAGAAUCUGACGAUCCCUGCGGGAACCCCCGUGCUGGUCAACUCUAUAGGGAUGCGUUACGAUCCUCUUGUUUAUCCUGAACCAGACAAAUUCAUCCCGGAACGAUUCCUCACGGAUGACGGCCCGGUGAAGAAGUCUAUAGGGUUCCUGCCGUUUGGAGCGGGGCCACGAAACUGCAUAGGUCAACGAUUCGCCUUGCUGAAUCUUCGUCACGCCAUCGCCUCUGUCAUUCUGAAGUACAAACUUCAACCCCUGCCCGACUCUGAACCGCCCUCCGAAAGCCUUAUCGCCAGGCAAGGGCUGUUCUUUACACCUGAAAAGCAAUUAUAUGUGCAAUUCCUACCUAGGAAAUAGGAUAAGAAAAAUAUUUUAUUAAUCAAGAAAUUCAACUCAAUGGUGGUGGGUGUUUAAUAUG